AUGGUAGACAAGAGGGAUAUCGAGAAAACGGCAACGGAUACUGCUCGUGAUUCAGUCGACCUUGAAAAACAAGCAACACACAGCUACUCUCCGCCGCAUUAUUCGCACGAGAAGGACCCCCACCAGCCAAAGCUCCCCUUAAGUCAGCGGCUGUACCACUUCACGUGGGCAUGGUAUACAUUGACCAUGAGCACUGGUGGCUUCGCAACACUAAUUUCCAUUCAGCCUCAUGCAUUUCCUGGUCUUAUUACCAUCGGUGCAAUAUUCUACGCCCUCAAUCUUAUAAUUUUUACGGUUCUCUGCUCGGCGAUGAUCCUUCGCUUCACGAAAUUUCCGGGAUCUCUCAAGGAAUCUCUCAAGCACGAACGAGAAGGCCUCUUCUUCCCCACAUUUUGGCUAUCCGUUGCUACUAUCAUCACCAGCACACAAGAGUACGUCGUUGCGUCUUACGAUGCGCAGCAUCAGAUGCGAGGGUGGCUGACAACCACUAUGGCUAUUGCAUUUUGGGCAUACGCAAGCUGCACCUUCGCGCUCGCUGUAUUCCACUACACUUUCCUAUUCAUUGGACAUACAUACAUGCUCCAGAAGAUGAUGCCCUCCUGGCUGUUACCGAUCUUCCCCGUCAUGCUUGCCGGCACCAUUGCCUCUGUUGUUGCGGCUGAUCAGCCGAUACAAUCUAGAAUGUCCAUACUCGCCGCAGGAAUGGGUUGCCAAGGCCUUGGGUUUACCGUCGCCAUUUUCAUGUAUGCUCAUUACAUCGGUCGUCUUAUGCAGGCUGGUCUUCCAAAUCGCGAGCAUCGACCCGCCAUGUUCAUUGGGGUUGGCCCACCUUCAUUUUCAUGUCUUGCCUUUAUUGGAAUGGCAAACUCUCUCCCUGAAGACUUUAACUUCGAUGGAGAUAAAUCGCUCGAUGGGGCCAUGUUGCGCGCCCUUGCACUCGUAGCGGCGUUGUUCCUCUGGGUAUUGGCUCUGUGGUUUUUCAUGAUUGCUUUCGUUGCUGUUCUCAAUUCUCCGCCAAAGUAUUUCCACUUGGGAUGGUGGGCCAUGGUGUUCCCGAACACCGGAUUCGUUAUCGCGACCAUCUCCAUCGGCAACAGCUUACAGGAUGAAGUGAUUCUCUUCAUCGGUAAUGGAUUGACAAUCGCUAUCACAUUAGUGUGGGCGUUUGUGCUGUACCAAAACCUCAGAGCUGUUUGGAUUGCGGACAUCAUGUACCCUGGAAGAGAUGAGGAUGUGGAGGACUGA